CCAGUGCAGCGCUAGCAGACUCGGGGAGUGGUGUUCGAUAUUGUCCAAUUUUUCAUUUUCGGUUUCCUUUGUGUUCUUUGUGACUAUUUGACCCAUUGAAACCUUUCGGAGCCACUCAUACCUGAGUCCGUUCUUGCGGUGUGAUUUCUUACAGUGCGUUGUUGCGCACCGCGCCAAACUGCACCGAGCUACGUCAACGAAAACCGCAUUAUUGUUAGUGGUUGAAUGAAAUUAUCUUUUUUUUUCCGUCAGUCGUACGCACGUUUUCCUAUUAAUAUUGUGUUAAAAUCAUGAAAUGUUGACUGAAAGUAUGUGAAAGUAAGAACGCAACGUUCGGGAUUAUAUUGAGGCAACACCUUAACCCCGAGAUUGACGAUGUGGCCGGCGGAAUAUGUGGGUUUAAAGCAUAUCGAGGAAUUACUUACGUGUGGGAUAUGUUACGAGUACAUGGACACCACCGUUGUAACUUCGUGCUCGCACAAUUAUUGUUCCCUGUGCAUCAGAAAGUAUCUGCAUUACAAGACGCAAUGCCCGACCUGUUCCGAGGAGACGUACGAGAAAGAUUUACGAAAGAACAAGAUCCUGGAUGAGAUCAUUGAACAGUACUUGAACGUCAAAGAGGAGCUUGAGAAAACAUUUCGUGCGGAGAAGACACCAACCGCAAGAGAUAAGAAUUCAAGAGCCGAGUGUUGGCCGAACAGCGAUGAAUAUGAGAAAAAACAAGUCGCUUCCAACACAGACGAGAUGUUAAAUAAGGUUUCUGAUAGUCCAGUGUUAGGAGGUGGUACAUCAUUAGGUGUGCCAACACCUUGCGGGCGAAAGGAUCAUCAGCAAGAUGCGUCUACUCCCAGCACCAGCGCAGACCUUAAGAUACCAUCAAUGUUUACACCCAAGAGUAGAAAGGGUUUUCGAAACGAGGAGAAUUGCCAAGUGGUGACAUGUCCAGUCUGCAGAGUAGACGUGCCUCAAAGUAACAUAAAUAAGCACCUGGACGAUUGCUUAAAAAGGGAUCAUGCAAGGGCUCAACCUGAAAACGAUAAACCAAAACGUAAACCACUGCCAAAGUUAGUGUUAAGUUUAAUGAAAGACAACGUGAUACGAAAGAAACUGAAGGAAUUAGGCUUGUCGUCUCAAGGAGACAGGAGAGCACUAGAGAGCAGACUGCAAAAAUACACUGUUCUUUAUAAUGCGGAAUGUGAUAAAGCUAGACCGAGGCCUGUGCCGGAGUUGAUUAAACAGUGCGAAGAGGAAGAGAGUUUGGAAAAAAAAUUACAAAAACCGUCCAAUAGACUGAACGUUAACAGACAUACAGAGCACAAUGUUCUAGAGCAACAGAGAAAGAAGUAUCUAGCCGACAAUAAAGACAGCUUCAAUCACUUGAUCGCGAGGAUAAAAAUGCACACCGAUAGUCCGCGAAAGUUGCCCGUUAGGCGCAACAUAUUGAGCGGGAAGAAUCCCGGCGUGCCGUACAAAAAUUGCGUCGCGAGUAACAGUCCGACUAGCGAGAAGAGCGACUUCCUGUCUUUCGAAUCCGGCAAUUCUCGCGUCGACGAUUCGGAUUCUAACGCGUCGUGCUCCUUGCAGACGUACUCCAGCGAACAUCCCACGAAUUUCUUGACAGUCGAGUUGUCUUGCUCGUCCAAUGAUUCCGACCAAUGUGCUUCCAACGACUCCUCGAGUCGCUCGCGUGAAGCUAGUCCACUCUCGUAUGAUACUGUUGUAAAAACGGAGAUUAUGGAGACUGACGAAUCUGUUGAAGCUACUUUAAUGCACGCAAAGAUGACUUCCAGUUACUGGCCAAGCGAGCGUGACGUUUCGGAGGAUAGAUUGGCCGAUGAAAAGGAGUCAAUUCGCGAAUUUAUCGGAAGCGAAUCUGAAAAUAGGGAAAAAAUUGCAUUAUCUGCGAAGAGGCGCAAACAUGGUGCAACAUACAGCCCGGAGAGACACGUUACACGUUCCGAAUCGGAAGGUAGACGGCAAAAUGAUUCGCGCGAUGAAGACUCGAUUGUGGAAAACGGCGAUGAUGAUAUUCGAGGCGAUUAUGAGAGAUCGAGACGCGAGCAAUUACACGUAAAUCCGAAGGAAAAGUACGAAUCCGGCGGUACAAAAUUCGAGAAGGAAAAUUUGGAUUCAUUGGACGAGAAUAAAAAAGUUUGCGGUUUUCGUAAGCGAGAGCGUGAAAUGACAAUCGUGUUAAGCGACGAUGAGAAGAACGGGAACAGAUCGACGAGUAUCAGAAAAUCAGCCAGGCUUGGCCUCAGCGAGGCCAAGGGAUUCAAUAAUGGGAGAUUUGGUGAGGACACACGAAACGAGGAGGAGAAGCCACAAAGUGGGAAGGGACGAUUGCGUGCAACUCGUUCGAAAAAUCCGCGCGGUUCCGUGAAGGAAACUGUUAAAUUGAAGAAUGGAGUCAGCAAAAGAAUGAAAAAGAUAACAACGUAAGUUGAAUCAUAGAAUUGCGAUUGAGAAUCAAUUUGUAUAUUUUUUGUUGAAAAUGGAAAAUGCUAUAUAGAAUAUAACAGCGGAAGACGCUGAGAUUUUUGAUUAAUGUACAGUCAUAUAAUUUUGAAUAUUUGACUCUUGUUAUAAUAAUAUAUUUUUACUAAUAAACAUAGUGCCUUUAAUAUAUAAGAAAGACGAAAUAAUAUUCUUUUUUCAAAAGAUGAAGAGAUAAGAGCAGAAAAAUAUAUAUGAUAGAAUCGUAAUGUAUGUUGUUAUCGAACAUCCUUCUGCUACUUUCAUGCAAUAUAUUUCUUAAUUUUAUACAAUAAUAUAUAUUGUCAUAUCUGUCAUUUUAAACAGACUUCUUCGCAAAAGAAUGUGAUUUAUACUUGAUUUAUAUUUCCAAAUAUAUCCAGGAUAUACUG